GGCUGCCUUCCGUCACCCCUUCCCGCCAGGCUAGUGGUGCUGAAGGUGACGCAUUGCCCGCCUGGCUAUAUAACAAGGCGGCAGGCUGUGACAGGCAUCACUUGCAGUUGUGCACCUCAACAUGAACAGCAAGGUCAUCGUUGGCGCCAUCGUGGCCGUCCUGUUCGCGCUGGCCAGCGCUGAGCCAGAGCCGGAGGCUGAGCCCGGCUACCUCUUUGGUGGCGGACGUGGCGGCGGCUUCUCCCGUGGAGGCGGUUUCCACAGUGGCGGACAUUAUGGUUACUACCGUGGCAAGAGGAGCGCUGACGCCGAUCCCGAGCCCGGCUACUUUCACCAUGGCGGCUACAGUGUCGGCUUCUCCCGUGGAGGCGGUUUCCACAGUGGCGGACAUGGCCACUAUAUUGGCAAGAGGAGCGCUGACGCCGAUCCCGAGCCUGGCUUCAUUAACCAUGGCGGUUACAGUGGCGGUCUCUCCCUUGUAGGCGGUUUCCGCAGUGGCGGAUAUGGCCACUAUAUUGGUAAGAGGAGCGCUGACGCCGAUCCUGAGCCCGGCUACCUUUCCUUUGGUGGUCGCGGAAGUCACUUCAGAGGGGGUUUCACCGGCUUUAGUUCCGGCGGAGGCAGCGCUUACUACGGCUAGAAGUGUUGAUGAUAAUCUGGAGCCCAAGAUUUCCUUUAUUAAGGCGGCUGGCGGCUGCGGCUGCAGCACGAGCCAUCCGUUCUGUAGGAAACGAGGGUUCUCUUACAGCUGAUGAGGACACUGCUUGUGUAGCUUGUCUGAACCAAUGGGCGCAAUUAUGAAAAAAAUAAAUACAUCACAUCUCA